GUAGAAGGCUGGGAGAGUUUGAAAUCAACUUUAAAACGCAAUGCUGUACCAUCAGUUUUCGAUUUCCCUCCUCAUCUUAAGAAGGCAGCUAAAGCUAGAACUCCUGUCAAGAGAAAAGCACCUAGUCCAAACAAAGUUCCGGUAAAGAAACCUAGGCUUUCCAACCAGUCAGUUACCCAAGACCCAGUUCCUGAAAACCCAGCUCCCAAUCCAACAGUUAUGCAAGACCCAGUUAUGGAAAACAAACCUGCACCAUCAUCAGCUAUGCAAGACCAUAAUUAUUGCACUUCUCCUGCAAAAGUGAUCCCAAGAUUGAGAAGAUCUCUAGAGAAAAAAAGAAAGAAGAUAAGAGCACUGACAAGUAAAAAUCUGCGGAAGGAAAAAACAAUAAAGGGGUUGAUAAAGAAACUGGAAAAUGCACAACACCUAUCUAAGGAGCAAAGUCAAAGUCUUUUAUCAAAUUUUGGUCACAUGACAAAGGAUUUGUUCACAAACGAGCGAAAGCAUGCUAACAAAUCAAAGGGUUCAAGAUAUGGGGAUACCAUCAAGCAAUUUGCUGUCACCUUACAUUUCUACAGCCCCAAGGCAUAUAAAUUUGUAAGAAAAUCCCUUCAUCUACCAUGUCCAGCCACCAUACGAGCUUGGGCAGCAGCCAUCAAGUGUGAGCCUGGUUUUUUGACUUGUGUCAUUGAACACUUGCAGAAUACUCUGGAUGAAGAUGACAAGGAUUGCUUCCUGUUAGUCGAUGAAAUGUCCAUAAAAAAACAAGUAAUAUGGGACAAGAAGAACAAAAAAUUUGCAGGCACCACAGACUAUGGUCCAAUUCUGGCCGAAGACCAGGAUAGUAUUGCCCAAAAUGCCCUAGUUGUCAUGGCUGUUGGACUGAAAAAGCCAUGGUUUCAUCCUAUUGCAUAUUUCCUAGUGGAUCGUGUUGAUGCCCAAAUGCAGGCACAAAUAAUCAGAGAAGCAAUCAACUUACUAACUGAUGCUGGGCUUGAUGUUCAUGGGGUUACAUUUGAUGGUUGUUCUAAAAACAUAGCCACAGCAAGAUGCCUGGGAUGCAACAUCGCCAAAUUUGAUGGCUCAUUCAAGCACCCAACACGGCCACACAAAACACUAUAUGUCAUCUUGGAUGUGUGUCAUAUGUUAAAACUGGCACGUAAUAGCUUGGGAGACUUGAAGGUAUUCUACACAGAAAGUGGGGACAUAAUCAGUUGGCAGUACAUCACAGGACUCUACAACAUUCAAAAAGGUGAUAUUUUGAAUCUUGGUAACAAACUGAAAUCUACGCACAUAAGGUGGCAUAAUCAGAAAAUGAAAGUGGCUGUUGCAGCCCAAACCUUGAGUAAUUCUGUUGCUGCUGGUAUCAUGUAUCUUCGAAACCUCAAAUUGGAGCAGUUUAAAGAUGGUGAUGAAACAGCAGAAUUCAUUCUGAAAAUUAACAACAUGUUUGACAUUUUGAAUUCCAAAAGCAAAUUCGGCAAGAGUUACAAAGGUCCAAUUACACUACAAAAUCUGGAUGAAUUACGUCAUAAUCUACUUGACACAAUUAGUUAUUUAACUGAACUGAAGGACAGUAAUGGAGUAAAAUUAAUUGAUGGCCCAAGAAAAACAUUUAUCCUGGGUUUUGCUGUGUCAUCAAAAUCAAUCAUGGCACUGGCUAAAGAACUAUUAACAAGAACUCACAACAAGUUUGAUUAUGUGCUUACCUACCGUUUCUCCCAAGAUCAGCUAGAAAUGUUCUUUAGCAAGAUACGAAGUCGUCUUGGUUGGAACAAUAAUCCAAAUGCACUCCAGUUCAAGUGGGCCCUGAGAGCAUUACUGCAGAAGAACCAGGUGACAGCUGCUGAAACUGGCAAUUGCUCUGUCAUUGAAGAAAGCAAAUUUGCCGAAGAAGCCGAUAGUGUGGAUAGCAGGGUUGCUGCUUUGUUGAACAACUCCACCAUGUGGCACGAGGACGUCCUGGCAUACAUAGGAGGAUACAUAGCCAAAAAGAUCACCAGCUGUAUCAAGUGUGCAGAAUGUGCUACUGCUUUAGCCACAGAAGAUGACGACGACCAACUUCCCUUGCCUCAUGACCAUGCAUACUGCCAGAGUUCAUCCAAAUCCAGCUUGAUUUCUUUCAAGACCUAUGGAAAGCUAACAAACCCAUCUUCAUCAGUGGUGACAGUGGUGAAAGAAGCAGAUAGAUUACUCCGCCUUAUGGUUCUCAAAUGGAGUCAUUUGCAAGAUAAAGCCAUUCCAGCACUGCAACGUGAUGUCCUCCAGGAGGUGAGGCCUACUGCAUUCCAGUCACUACAGCAGCACUCUCAAGAAACACACGCACUUGACCAGAAUGUUCAAGAUGACCAUAUCACCACCAUAAUCAAGAAGAUAACAUACCUCUACAGUAAGAUCUUCCUUCAUCAGUUUGGAAAAGUCUAUACUGACCGAAUUGUGAAACAAGGAGCACCAUCUAAACGGCAAAAGCUCAACAAACUCAUCCUUUUCGGAAACGACUGA